UGAAAGCAGCCUGUUGAAAUUGUUGAACGAUUACGUUUUUAUUGAUUCCAAAACUCGAGUCCUGUAUUCUUUUACUGCCGGCGUAAUUCAGUAUGGAAAUCCGAAUCUAGCAGGUUAACGUCUCCUAACGGUAACUAUAUAUUUAGAGAGUUGUAUUUGUCGUAAGAAAAUUUUGGUACUCCACGGGUAUAAACGUUACAAUAGAAAUGCAUUACAAGACGAUAAAAUUAAGUGACGUGUGGCGAACAUGCAACAAAAUAAGAUCCGCAAUAUUUCGCGUGAAUUUGAAUUUAUGGGACCAUUAUUUACCUCUGGAUCCAGAGAAAAAUUGUGUUAUAUCAGAAUCGAAGUUUUGUUCUGUUCUAUCUGGGCCGUUGAAAAGUGUCAUUGGGUUAUCGGAACAGGAAAUUGCCGAUUUAGCCGAUUACUUCAGAGUGCAAGAUGGACGAAUAUUGUACACUCAAUUUUGUGAGGUCAUACAGAACAACAUACCGAAUUUUUCCACAAAUAAGCCUUUGGUCACUGGUCUGGAAUGGGAAGACCCUAUGCAAGUAAAUCGGUUGAGUAUUACUGAGGAACGUCGAUUAAACCUUUUGAUAACCAAAAUGGCAGUUCAAGUUAAUAUGAAGAAACUAGUAUUAAAGCCAUAUUUUCAAGAUUAUGAAUUGGUAUCGAAGAAUGUUGGUACUGUAACAAUAGCGCAUUUUGCACGAAUACUAACCUAUUUAGGAAUACUAGUAUCAGCGGAAGAUUUUAAUUUACUAGUAAAAAAGUAUCUUAAAGAUAGUUAUACGCUGAAUUACGUAGCGUUUAUAGCUGCAAUCGAUGCGUCGGUUGACUACAUGGAUAAACAUGGCAUGCUCGAUUUAGGAGGGGACUUACAUGCUCAAUUUCCCGGACGUUUAAUCGACGCAGAACUACCAAAACUACCCAGGCCUGAAAUUGGCAAAAUUUUAGCUGCAAGUAUCUUUGGAAAACAAACAACAUUUCAUCCAGCUUUGGAAAUUCCAAAACAAUCUCAAGAUCUCAUUACGAUCAUGCGAACCAUACAAAAACAUAUAAUAUCGAACCGACUACGAGUGAAUGAAUUUUUUAGGGAUUUCGACCCACUGCAUACUGGUAAAGUGACCGUAUCCCAAUUUCAUCGAGGUCUGGAUGCCUUAGGGAUAAGUUGUACUAACAAACUGUUUCUGUCACUGCCUGAAAUUGAAGCAAUUAUGGUGCAAUAUCGUGAUCCUAGCGAUCCUAUGCGGGUUUGUUGGAAAACGUUUGAAGACGAUGUAGAUCAGGUUUUCACUGUCAAAGAGUUAGAAAAGUGUCCCUGUCUGGAUGUAAUUUCUCCCCCUAGAGCUGUAAGCGAACUUCCCCAAAAAGGGGGUAAGGUGUGGCAACAAGUUUCCAGUCAAACAAGAGAUUUGUGUGAGGAAGCGCUUAUGAAAGUGAAACAUAGAACCAUGAAACGAGCAAUAAUGCUUAAACCGUUAUUCGGUGACUAUGAUACACAUAAUAAUGGUCACGUGACACGAUCUCAAAUGCGGCAAUGUAUCUCAUCUAAUGGCAUUUUAUUAUCAGGCGAAGAAUUAUAUGCGUUAGAGGAGAGAUUCAAUGACGACCUCGGAUUCAAUUACUUUUGGUUUUUGAGAGAAGUGGAGCCUAAGCGACACGAACUACCCCUAUUUACAGGUUUCAUUUCUGAUAUGAAGAAACUCAACGCCCCAAAACCGCCAAAACCUGUCGAACGCAAUGAGAAGGACAUUGUUAUGGUAUUGGCGAAGAUUAAAAGUAAAGUUGUGCGCGAACGAAUAAGGCUGUUGGAAUUUUUAAGAGAUUUUGAUCGUCACAACGAAGAAGUCAUGUCAAGACAAGACUUCAAACGUGCGAUAGAUAAUUGUAAGCUUGAUUUGACGGAGGGAGAGUUUGAAACACUUUUUGAAGUAUUCGGUUCAAUAAAACGAUGCGACUGUGUCGACUACAAACGAUUUGAAAAUGUAGUAGAAGAAGCGUUUACGCAAAGUUGCUUGGAUCGAGCACCUUUGAUAAUGCCUAUACAGCAUGUGCCGACCAAUGAUUGUGAGAGAAAUUUCCUAAACUUUGAAGAGAGGAAAACUAUGUGUAUUGCUCUUCAAAAACUAGCAAAGAAACCGGAACAAGAAAUGAAUUUAAUGGCAGUGUUGGAAGAUUUUGAUCGUACUAAAUGCGGAACAGUAUCUCAACAGCAAUUACUAAAAACGUUAGCUGUCAGAGGAAUGAUGAAUAUGAUUUCAAGAAGCGAAUUUGAUAUAAUAUGCAAAGGAUUUGGAUUCAGAAGGGGUCUACGAGAUGAAGUGGAUUAUCGUGCUUUCAUCAAAGCAUUAGACAUCUUAUAUGCAACAAACAAAUAUUUACCAUUUUGAAAGUACCUACCAAUCUUAUUCCCGAGUAUAUUUCAAUUCAUUAAA